AUGGUCGCGGAAGAUGGCUCUGGUCCCGUCAAGGUUCCUCCGGUAGUCCUGGUGAAGGAUGCAGCGGUAGCACCAGCAAGUGGCAACAGCGGCGUCGCCCGAGGGGCACGAGAGGAAGAAGCUGGAGCACCAGCACCAGCACCAGCACCAGCAGAAGGCAAAGGUGUUGCAGCACCCCACACACCUCAAGUCUCCAGCAAGCACUGGCGAAAAAUCAGGAGUGCCGUGGUUGCUCUCGCUGCGUUUCGAAGCCGACGGGUGAAAGCGGCGGAUUUUGAGCGGAUACGAAUGUGCGGGGAGGGAGGUUCGGGGUUGGUUUACCUCGUGCAAUUGAAGAACACCACCAUGUUCUUCGCGCUCAAGGUCCAGCGCAAGACAGACCUGGAGGCCAAGGAGAAGAGAAUAAGGAGGGCGCUCAUCGAGAAGGAGGUGCUCGUCGCUUGCGCCCAUCCCUUCGUGUGCAGCCUCUACACAGCCUUCCAGGACAGCCGUCAUCUCUAUCUCCUCAUGGACUAUUGCGCCGGUGGAGACUUGAAAACUCUCGUCAGGGAUGUUGCGAAACGAGCCCUUACGGAAGAAGAGGCUCGCUUCUACAUCAGCGAAAUCGUGGCGGCGCUGGAAUGGGUGCACCUGCACGGAUACGUCUAUCGAGAUCUCAAGCCCGAAAACGUUCUGAUUCACGCGAGCGGCCACAUUCGGCUGGGGGACUUCGGCACGGCAGAGCGCGGGAGAUUCAAGUGUCAGGAUGUGCCCGGAGAGAAGCUGUGCCCGGAGGAGGUCGAGAAGGCCCUCGGCGAGACUGGCAUGUCUCACGCUGCUACCCCCGACGGUACCGCCAGUGGCGGGCACACGUUUUCCGAGGAAGAGGAGGGCGACCUCGACGAGUCCAACAACAUUCACCACGGCGGCGGUGCCGACAACAGCAACGGCCCACCACACGAGGCCGCACGGGCCAACAACAGCAGCAUCAUCGUGCAGAUCGACCCGUUCUUGACGGAAGCCUCGGCGUCGAGCGUAGUACCUGCCGCUGAUCCUACGGAAGAAGCGGAGGAGGAGGAGGAGGAGGAGGCUGCAAGCGCCAGCGCCGGCGCCGCUCCUGCUGCUGCCGCUGACCGCGUGGACAGGCUGGUGUGCGCGGACGACGGUGAUGAUUCGGCGGGGCCUGGCGGUGGAUGUGGACCGCCCGUGGGAUGCGGCUGCGGGAGAAGGCGUGGAAGGGGGAAAUCAGCCCACGGACCAGCUUCAUUAUCCGCAGGACCCGGCGAGCCGUUCGCCCAAGGGCGGGGGAGCGUGAAGCUUAACGUUCUCCUCGACAGCCAAACCUUCAUUGGCACCGCUGACUUCAUGGCCCCCGAGAUGGUGACGGGCAAGACGGCGCAGGGCACCGGGAUGGACUGGUGGGCGCUCGGCGUGAUGCUGUUCGAGAUUACCCUCGGCACCCUGCCGUUCCACAGCGAGCUCCCCUCCCAGAGCAGCAACGAGGUGUUCCGGAGCAUCGUGAACGCGGAGCUCAAGUUCCCGCGGCGGCACAACUUGAGCCGCUCGGCCGUGGACUUCAUCCGGCAGCUCUUGCGCAAGGACCCCACCGAACGGUUGGGCCAGCGGAAGGGCGUCGGCGAGAUCAAGCGGCACCCUUUCUUCGGCAGCGUGCACUGGGCGCUCAUCGCCAACUCGACGCCGCCCUUCGUCUUGUCCGGCCCGGACACCCCGGGGUGGCUGGCGUCGAUGCGGUCUGCGCCGAACGCUGGGGCUCGGGACGACAAGUUUGCGACGUGGACGUGGAUGGCGACGCAACAGGACGCGCCACGGCCAGGCAUGCAGGGCACGGGGGGGCCGGCCAUGACCUCGAGCGAAGCCCAAGACUACCUCGACUACGACAGCCCCAGCGGCCGAUACAGCAAGGCCGACCUGGACAAGCUGGGGGACGAGCUGGGGAUUGCCGCGGGUCCGACGACAGACGCAGAGGCGGCGGCGGAGGCGGCGGGGGGGGGGGCAGCAGCCCAACCCGAGGGCGCUGGGGCAACUUCUACGACCGGAGAGGAAAAAAAAAACGACAACUUUGACGACAGCAUGCCUGACAUCAGCAGCGGUCCUGUUUUGAAACCGUCGGCGUCGGCGUCGUCGGCCGCGGCAGCCGGCGAGGGGGGUGGUGCUGGUGCUGGUGCGGCCCGCAGGGAGGGCAGAAGAUCGAACCGGGCGAGCUUCGACGGGUACGACUUCAACACCCUCCGCAAGGUCGGGUCGCUCCGGAUGGGCGUCUCGAGCAACCAAGGCGGGGCCCCGAAGCUGGCCGCCGGGAGGUCGAUGGACGCCCAGGGGAAUAAACCCCCUUGAGGUGGAAAAGGAGGAGGAGGUGCUUGUGUCGUGGAGUCCGUUUUUUUUAUUAUUGUCGCUGC